UAGAGGGCCAAGCUGUGGACUGACGCAGUGACUAACAAAUCCAACUGAUGAUUCCCCUCAUUACAACAAAAAGAAACAAAACCCCCCAACACUGCUGCCCGUUUCCUUUCUCCUCAAUUCUCUUUGCUUCGUCUCUUCUCGCUCCAUCAGUGCUAUAGAGCAGCAUAUUUCUAAACUCCACCGCCCUUCAUCAUCCGAACUAUAACCUGACCCACCUUUGACGACACCAUGGCAUCGCUGCCCUAUCGUCGUCCCUCUCGUCAGAGCUCCCGUCAGGCCUCGAGCGACCCCCGCGAGGACCUCCAGGUGCAUUUGGACCAUUUCAUUGGCAUCGACGUCGGAACUGGCAGUGCCCGGGCCUGUAUCAUCGAUGCCAAGGGCGACAUCGUGGGCCUGGCCUCUGAAAAUAUUGGGCUCUGGCAGCCGGAGCAUGGUUACUACGAACAAUCCACCUCCGACAUCUGGCGCUGCAUUUGCAUUUCCGUGCAACGCGCCAUCAGCCAGCAUAACAUCAGUCCCGAGACCGUCCGCGGUAUUGGCUUCGAUGCUACCUGCUCGCUGUCAGUCUUCGACCAUGAAACCGACGAGCCCGUCUCGGUGACCGGGCCAAACUUUGACUCGGACCGCAAUGUGAUUCUGUGGUUAGACCACCGACCCGUCGAGGAGGCGGCUAAGAUCAACGCAACUAACCAUAACCUACUCCGUUACGUCGGUGGGAAGAUGUCCAUUGAGAUGGAAAUCCCCAAAGUACUUUGGUUGAAGAACAACAUGCCAAAGGAGCUCUUCGACAAAUGUAAAUUCUACGACUUGAGCGACGCCCUGACACACAUUGCCACGGGCAAUGAGAAGCGGAGCUUCUGUAGUGUCGUCUGCAAGCAGGGCUACGUUCCCGUCGGCGUAGACGGCAGCGUCAAGGGAUGGCAGGAAGAUUUCUUGAACGAGAUUGGGUUGAGUGAUUUGACCGAGGAUAACUUUAAGCGCAUGGGCGGUGUCAACGGGGUGAACGGUGAUUAUCUGAGUGCUGGAGAACUGGUCGGUACUCUUUGUGAAAAGGCCGCUGCAGAGUUGGGCCUGCCAGCCGGUAUCGCCAUUGGCAGUGGUGUGAUCGACGCAUAUGCCGGCUGGAUUGGCACCGUCGGAGCCAAGGUCAAUCUAGGCGCGGCCCAGCUCAGUGAUGAAGUGGCCAAGAACGACAAGGCACAAGCAUUCUCUCGGCUAGCGGCGGUAGCUGGAACUUCAACGUGCCACUUGGCAAUGUCGCCGGACCCGGUUUUUGUGAACGGUGUCUGGGGUCCAUACAAGGACACUAUCCUACCUGGCUUCUGGAUGGCAGAGGGUGGGCAGUCGGCCACGGGCGAACUACUCAAGCACGUAAUUGAAACACACCCAGCAUUCAACCAGGCCCACUCGAUCGCAGAGUCCUACCACGCCAACAUCUACGAAUACUUAAACGAGCACCUCAAGGAGAUGGCGCAAGACCAACAAGCACCGUGCGUGUCCUAUCUCGGCCGCCACUUUUUCUUCUACGGUGAUCUCUGGGGCAACAGAUCACCCAUUGCAGACCCGAACAUGACGGGCUCCAUCUUCGGGUUAACCAGCGACAAGAGCGUCGACGGACUGGCAACGUACUACUACGGCACACUGGAGUUCAUCGCACUGCAAACGAAGCAGAUUGUGGAAACGAUGAACAAGGCCGGACACAAUAUCACCUCGAUCUUCAUGUCCGGCUCGCAGUGUCAGAAUGACAUCCUGGUACGGCUGAUUGCGUCGGCAUGCGACAUGCCCGUGGUCAUCCCGAGAUACAUCCAUGCAGCAGUGUGUCAUGGUGCUGCCAUGCUCGGCGCCAAAGCUGCGAGCUCGGACUCGGAGGGUCGCACGGAGAAUCUUUGGGAUAUUAUGGACCGUAUGAGCAAGCCUGGUAAGAAGGUGAUGCCUACGGCCGAACCCAAGGAGAAGGCGCUGCUGGAAGCCAAGUAUAAGGUGUUCCUAGAGCAGUGCUUCGGGCAGCAGAAGUACCGACAGAUGGUCGAUGACGCUGUCGGUGACUGGGGAUCUGCCUAAACGAGAGAAGGCUACAUUGCGUUCGGAUUUACGACUAUAACGCUUCACGACGAUCAUCCAGAGAGUUGGAAAAAAGUACGUGAACUAUAUAAUGAUUUUUUUUUUUUCCAAAUAUUACGGUCAUUACCGCACAUUGACCUCCAUUACGACCAAGAAUGGAAAAACCGUAGUGUCAGGUCUAGCAGAUGUAUAUGUUCGUUUCAAAGCAGCAAGUAACAAGAAAAUCAUAAAACGGGCAACCAUUCGAUAUCAGCAGUAAUAGAAACGAUGCGAAAAAUUCCAUAACAUCUCUCCCGUCCAGCAAGGAGUAAAGCCAAAAAGGGAGGACACGAUAAUCACAAGAAAUUCCAAAGCGCAACAAAAUCAAGACGAGUCGGGGUAAAAAAAGCCAUCGAGGGGUCAUGAAUGCAAACUUCAAAUCCGCUAUGCAAAGAAGAUUAUGAUACGCAAGAAAAAGCUCAGCCCCUGCUGUCCUGUGCUGAACUUUUCUGAAGAACACGAGACAUUGCCAUAGCCAUUAGUGCGAGGGGUGAGGAUCGGGCGAUUAUGUGUAAGUUAGAAUGCUGCACCGGAGCGCGAGCGACCGACGGUGUAGAAUUUUUCGGAUUGGCUUACGCCCAGGGCGAGGGUGUCGAAGCGGUCCACGCCCAGAGUGUCCAUGUUGCUGUAGCCCGAGAGGUAGAAACCAAUCACCACGACCAGAUAGGUCAGGACGAGAACGGAUCCUUUAAAGUAGUUGCUCUUGCCUUCGCCGUAGACGUAAGAGAGCAAGAAAACGCAAAGAAUGACGGUGAUCAUAUCCCACUGAGGGAAAAUUAGACUAUGGAGCGAGUUAGGGAUCAGUAUUCGCAGGAGGGGUGGUUCUGAGAGCAACUUACUUGAAAGAGUGGCUGACGAGCUCGGCGGGGUCCAUGGAUCGGGUGUAGAGGGCGCUGAAGAGGACCACGGCUGGCACCUGCAACAGGCAGACCUGAAGCGCAUAAGCGGAACCAAUCUCCAUAGACAGGGCGAUAUUGCCGUUCAUGGCGAAUGAAAUGGCGUUCUAUUAGCAUGUUAGUGGCCUAUCCAUCCAAUAUGCCUGGGAGUGUCGGGAAAGGGUGAGUAGGAAUCUCUCAUACCAGGAACUCAGUUGUAUUCGGCACCAGGGCAAACAGCGUGAUACCGAGGAACUUUUCAUCGAUAUCCACACUUUCCAAUACCACAUCCACUGUGUUGACCAAGAUCUCUGCAAUAAUGGCAUAGAGAACUGUAGCACCCAGCAAAAUGAUGGAACUCUUUGCCUUGCUCCAGUUCGGAGCAUCAUGGCCACCGCCAUUGUGCGCCGGCUCCGCGACAAUACCAAUAUCCUCGUUGUCCUCAGCCGAAGGUUGAGUCUUUGCCUGAUCUGCCGGAGUGCGACCAGCUUGGCGGGUGGAGGAAGAGCCCUGCUGGGUUGAGUAUUUGCGACUACGCGCCGCGUCACGAGCAGCUACUGCAGCAGCCGUGGCCGCCACUUCAGUGACUUGACGCACAAGUCGCUCAUUAUCCUCUCCAGAGAGACCAUGGAUAGCCUUUGACACGUUGCAAUUCUUAUCCCCGCUAGAACGUGGAGGCACCAGGUGAGGGAUGUUAGCCUUUUUGUCCGACGUAGAGCCGCUUUCCACCUGAUCCCAGUUGGCGCCACUGGUAUCUUCCAAGCCAACCUGUCUCAACGAUUGACCAAGGAUACGCUUGUAAAGCUGAGACUCGCGAAUGGAGUCUUUGUGGCUAGUGAUUGCACCCGAUGCCUCCGCAGCACCAGGCGGGAGAAGCAGAUGCCGUGGCUCGAAAGUAAACGAAUCAGAGAUUUGCUGAUGGGCCGCCUUCUUCUCCUUUUCCUCGUUCUCAGUGGCCCAGAUCAAGGCGGCGUGAGUGCGUAGGGUGAACCAGAGACCAAUGAUGUAUGACAGGAAUAGGAAAACGGCACAGAACCAUGCGUAUGGCUGGACUGCCUUUUCAAAGAAUGCAUCAUGAACAGCGGCGCUCUGGGAGAAGUAGCAUCGGCGGCAGUCUCUGCUUUCUGGGUCGUACUCUCGAACGCAUGCAUGACAGUUGAGCUCGUG